AUGUUAAAACAUGAGAAAGACAUUACAUUAUUGGCUAUAUAUGUGGACGAUUUAAUAGUAGCAACAAAUAAUAAACAAAAAUGGGAGGAACUGAAAUUGGAAUUAUCAAAAUCGUUCGAAAUGAAAGACCUUGGCCAAUUAAAUUUUUGUUUGGGAAUCGAAUUUAAACAAGAUGAGAAAACUAAGGAAAUAACUAUGUCACAACGUAAAUAUAUACAAAAUAUUUUGAAAAAAUUUAAUAUGGAAGACUGUAAACCUGCAAGAACACCAUUUAAUACGGGAAUAAAACUAUCAAAAGAAAUGUGUGCAACCGAAGAAGAAAAAUCAGAAGUUGAAAAGAUACCGUAUCAAAAUCUGGUGGGAUCCCUUAUGUAUUUAGCAGUUUCAACGAGGCCUGAUAUCGCUCAUAUAGUGAGUGUACUUAGCCAAUACAAUACUAACUACGGUAAAGAACAUUGGAUAGCUGCUAAAAGAGUUUUACGUUACUUGAAAGGUACUCCAAAUAUUGGCCUACAUUACAGAAGAACAAAUGAACAAUUAACUGGCUAUGCCGAUGCAGACUGGGGUGCUAAUAUAGACGACAGAAGAUCAUAUACGGGUUAUAUCUUCAAAUUAGCUAAUGCUGCUAUAAGUUGGGAAUCGAGGAAACAAAGAACAGUAGCAAUGUCUACAACUGAAGCAGAAUACAU